CACCCUCUCCUCCCCCUGUCCAUUCCCUGUUCUCUCCUCCUCUCCUCUCCCACCUCCACGAGGCCCGCCCCAGGACUCAGACUAUAUCAGGAUCCAGCCUUCCUCUGUCCAACUCCACACUCCCGGAGGCUCCAGCUCCACAACGGUCCUCUCUCCUCUCGUCGCCACUCCACUGACCUACAGCAGCCAGCAAGUCAGCAUGUCUUACUACUCAUACAAGAGCUCCAGCGGCGGCGGCGGCCCCAUGAACUUCUCCGGGGGCUCCAACAUCAUGUCAAGCCGGGUGGGCUACGUGUCCAGCGCCCCCAAGGCCUUCAGCGUGUACGGAGGUGGUUCUGGCGGUGGCACUCGCAUCUCCUCUUCCUCCGUCCGCUCAGUCUCCUCUGGGUACGGCGGCGGGGCCGGCUUCGGUGGCGGCUAUGGAUCCGGUGGUGGCGGCUAUGGAUCCGGUGGUGGCGGCUAUGGAUCCGGUGGUGGCGGCUAUGGAUCCGGCGGCGGUGGCUUCAACCUGUCCAGCGCCCUGGACGGCGGCGCCAUCCACCUGAACGAGAAGGCCACCAUGCAGAACCUGAACGACCGCCUGUCCACCUACCUGGAUAAGGUGCGCUCCCUGGAGGAGGCCAACUCCAAGUUGGAGAUUCAGAUCAGAGAGUAUUAUGAGAAGAAGGGCCCUGCCGCCGAGAGGGACUACAGCAAAUACUGGGCCAUCAUCAACGACCUGAAGGACAAGAUCAACGGUGCCACAUGCAACAACGCCAACAUCCUGCUGCAGAUUGACAACUCUAAACUGGCUGCUGAUGACUUCCAGACCAAGUUCGAGCAUGAGCUGAUGAUGCGCCAGUCGGUGGAGGCUGACAUCGCCAACCUGCGCCGCCUGCUGGACCAGACCACUCUGACCAAGUCCGACCUGGAGAUGCAGAUCGAGGGUCUGCAGGAUGAGCUGGCCUACCUCAAGAAGAACCACAUAGAGGAGCUGGCAGCCAUGCGUGCUCAACUCACUGGCACAGUGAACGUGGAGGUGGACGCAGCACCCCAGCAGGACAUGGCCAGGAUGAUGGAGGAGAUCCGCACCCAGUACGAGGGCAUCAUCGACAAACACCGCCGUGACCAGGAGGCAUGGUUCACAGACAAGUCAGCCAACCUGUCCAAGGAGGUGGCCACCAGCACCGAGAUCAUCCAGACCACCAAAACGGAGAUCAACGACCUGAGACGCACCAUGCAGGGCCUGGAGAUCGAGCUGCAGUCACAGCUCAGCAUGAAAGCAGCUAUGGAGAACACACUGAGAGAGACAGAUGGCCGCUACAGCGCCAUGCUCUCGGGCUACCAGAACCAGAUCGACAUGCUGGAACAGGAGCUAAACAGGGUGCGCCAGAGCAUCGAGACGCAGGGCCACGAUUACAAGAUGCUGCUGGACAUCAAGUCCCGUCUGGAGCAGGAGAUCGCCACCUACAGGGGACUCCUGGAAGGGGAGGAGUCCAGAACUGUUGGCUCAGGGGGAUCGAAAACCACAGUCACAACCACAACAGUGCGCUCUUCCAGCUAGAUGUCCAUCUCUACUGGCAGCGCAUAAUAUUAUCAGAAACACACCCACGCCCGCAAACACCACACAUCGUUACGACUAAAAGAGGAGAGCUGUCGAAUACAAUACCUGAGGAGUACUGUUAACACUGCAAUGCCUCUUAUCCUGAUAGGUCAAUAAUAUACCUGUUUUUACGAUAUCCGCCAAUCAUAGGAAGCCUUACUGGAGUUCCAGGAAGUGGAAUUAGGAUGAGAAAGUAGGAAUAAUGAACAACAUUUGCUAUCAGAGUGUUUGUGACCAUCCUGUUUCUGAAAAUAAAUGUUCUGGUUAAUAUGAA